CCCUCCACUGCAGCUCUUUCCCAGACUCAGCCUCUGUCAGAGCAACGCUUCAGCUGAAACAUGAGUGGACGAGUGGGAGACCUGAGCCCGAGACAGGCUGAAAUCUUAACAGCGUUUCGUGGGAGGAUCCAGGACAUCCUCCCCAACCUGCCUGCACAGCACGACCACUACCUCCUCCGCUGGCUCAGAGCCCGUAGCUUCAAUGUUGUGAAAGCUGAAGCCAUGAUCAGAAAGCAUGUGGUGUUCAGGAGGCAGAUGAAAGCAGACACCAUCAUCUCUGACUGGAAGCCUCCAGAGGUGAUUGAAAAGUAUGCGUCCGGAGGAAUGUGUGGUUACGACAGAGAGGGGAGCCCCAUCUGGUACGAUGUGAUUGGUCCCCUGGAUCCUAAAGGUCUGCUGCAGUCAGCCACCAAACAGGACUUACUGAAGACCAAGAUCAGACACACGGAGAUGCUGCGACAGGAGUGUCAGACGCAGUCGGAGAAGUUGGGGAGGAACAUUGAAGCCAUCACUCUGAUCCACGACUGUGAAGGCCUGGGACUGAAACACAUAUGGAAACCUGCUAUUGAGACCUAUGGAGAGAUCCUCACCAUGUUUGAGGAGAACUACCCAGAGGGGCUGAAAAGGGUGUUUCUUAUCAAAGCUCCUACACUGUUUCCCAUGGCCUACAACCUGAUCAAGCACUUCCUCUCUGAGGAAACACGGCACAAGAUCAUCGUUUUAGGAAGUAACUGGCAAGAAGUUUUACGUAAACACAUUGACCCAAAGCAGCUUCCUGUGGUGUACGGAGGAACCCUGACUGAUCCCGACGGAGACCCCAGCUGCAGAACCAUGAUAAAGUACGGAGGUACAGUGCCCAGGUCGUACUAUGUUCAGGACUCAGUGAAGGUUCAGUACGACAAUAGCGUGACCAUCAGCCGCGGCUCCAUCUUCCAGCUGGACUGUGAUGUCACUGCACCCAGCAGCCUCCUGAGGUGUCAAUUUGCCAGUGACGGAGCAGAUAUCGGGUUCGGAGUUUACCGACGGACCAAAGACGGCGGCAGUCAGAAAGUAGGUGAGAUGCUGCAGGUGCUGCCCAGUGAACGCUACAAUGCUCAUCUGGUCCCUGAAGACAGCUGGCUCACCUGCCCUGAGCCUGGAGUCUACGUGCUGUGCUUUGAUAACAGCUACAGCUUCCUUCAGUCUAAGAGGGUGAGCUACAAAGUCGAGGUUCUUCCUCCUCCUCUGGACGGACAGAUGCAGAAUCCUUGCAGCAGAGGAGACGGGAGGCUGCAGUGAUCAAGCGCUCCUGCCUCGGGGAUGGAUUAACCCUCUUUCGGGUAACCUGGACAAAAAACGGCCGGUGGACUAGUAACCUCUCCAUUCCCUCCCUCUGUUCAUUGUGCAUGUAUAAGUUUGUAAUUAGUGAUUAAUGUUCACUUGAAGUAAGAGUUUCUGAACAGCAGGAAAAGCAAAAAAGUGUCACUUGUGACCAAACCCAGCAUCACUGAUAUGUAUGUGUUUAAUAGGACCUGUAACCACAGCUGACAGUCAUUGCAUUUACAUGACCAGGCUCUGUGUGUAAUGUAGGAGAAUGUCAACCUGCACAUAUCGGACAUGCAGCAGAUCAGUGGGUGGAUUUCACUUGUAACCCCACACUUAUUUUGGAAACAUGGCAUUUGUAUUUUAACCGUGUUGGAAAAAGAAGAUGCUGCUCUCUGAGGCAAUAAUAUUGAAAAUCUACAACCAGUCGAAUGUUCAGUGGUGAAAACUGACUUCAACAAGCUCUGUCGUGUUAGUUUCAUAUCUAUUCGGGUUUUGAAUGAAUGAAAGUCAUUGUUUUCUAUCUCUGCAGUCUUUUAUUAUGCAGACAUGCACUGGUAAAAAGAUGAAUAGACAUAAACCAGCUCUUUCGAGGGGAAAUGGACCUGGGGAAAUCACCUUCUAUGUGAGUCUAUUGUUAGGUGGUCUAUGUGAACACAGUGAGUGACGUCACGGUGCACUGACGCACUUAGUCAAACCACAGCGAGGUGAGAAGUCACACCAUAGGAGAUUGGCCUUAACAAAAGGUUUCAGCUUUUGUUAUGUUGCUUUUUAAACACAUUUAUAUCAGGACAUGUAAACACGAGCUAUACUGAAAUCAUAAAGGAUUAAAGAUUUUUAUUUUUAUAUUUUAAACUCAGGGUGUGAUUUGCUGGUGCAGACAGUUUUACCAAACAAAUUUACAUUUGCAAUUUUCAUUGAGAGUAUUUUACACAUUCAUAUUCAGUUCCCCCUUUUCAAAACAAAUGCACUUCAAACACAUCUUACAAUCCACUGACAUUUGUCUUUCAUAACGCUAACAACCAUUGGGAUCACAACAUGUAUCACAACUCUUUAAAGUAGCAUCUUGUUUAUGCAUAUAUCCAGAUGCCAUUAAAAUAAAAGAACCACACAUCCUAAAAGAAUAUAGAUUUUUCUACCUUGCAUCAUAGUGUGAAUCAUAGAUUCUGCACUUUGCUUCAGGCUUUGAUUUUUUUUGUUUAUAUUCCAGCAAUGCAAUAGAAAACAAAUGUUUUUUAGAGGUAAAUAUAGAGAAUGUAGCAGAUGUCUGUCUUAUUUACUUUUUAAUUUACAGUCUAAUUUUGUGUUAUGUUUAAUUUGAAACACUUGUUUUAAAUAGUCUUAAAUGUACAAAUGAAGUGUAAAUACAUCAUCAUCUUUGAGAGCUGUUGUGUUGCCGGUGUGGAGUGAACAUUUUGAAAAAGUGAGGACAAUACUGAGAAAUGUGUGCUGUAAAAACACCUAUGAUCAAAUUAUCACAAAAACGGUUUGUUGCUUUGCUUUGAAGGGAAUCAAGAUUCAAAGAUUUUGAAAGACCUUGAUUCCUCCAGCAUUCCAACACAGAAAGUGUUUAGUAAAGAAGGAUGAAUACUGUAUUGUUCCAGACACUCGACUGAAGUGUUUGUGUUUGAAUUGUGUGUUUAAAAGGAUCUUAGUGCUCAGUACAUAAUAAGUAUGUAAAACAAAUGAACAAGUUUUUGAUAUUAUGGAAACUGGUUACAUUUAGCUUGCAUGGGAAUGUUACUCAUAAUAAAGUCUGAAAUUGUAUAUUCA